AUGUCGUUCUUAUUUAGAUCUGUCCUGGGCAUCCCUCAGGCCAUGGCUCGCAACAUACCCCUCAGCCAGGCUGCCAAUAUCAGCCGGCGCAAUUUUUCCUUGUUCACGAAUAACCCAAGCACUCUUUCAAAAUUCACAGCACAACGUUCCAGUCCCGUCUUGGCUAGUCCAGCUGCUGCACCACAGCCAUUAAACGCAUUUUCUCUUAUCACGUCACUCAUGCAAAAGAGAUUCAAGACCAGAGGUAACACCUACCAGCCCUCCACCUUGAAGAGAAAGAGAACCUUUGGCUUUUUGGCUAGAUUACGUGACAGAAACGGGCGUAAGGUGUUGGCCAGAAGAAGAGCCAAGGGCAGAUGGUACUUGUCUCAUUAG